UCACGCUGCUGCUAGGUCCACAGUGUGUCAUGGGUUCCCUGUACCGCCUCCCAUUGCUGCUGUCUCCAUCGCCACACUCUGCCAUGUGCCACUUUCAGGUCUCCUCACACUCCUGCUGGUUUCCAUUUUGUCAUAGGUUGCUGGCAGAUUACAGGCCUCCCAUAGGUGCUGCCAGGCCCCAAAUCUGCCAUGGGCCCCCGUACCGCCUCCUCACGCUGCUGCUAGGUCCACAGUGUGUCAUGGGUCCCUGUACCGCCUCCCAUUGCUGCUGUCUCCAUCGCCACACUCUGCCAUGUGCCACUUUCAGGUCUCCUCACACUCCUGCUGGUUUCCAUUUUGUCAUAGGUUGCUGUAUGGCCUCCCAUUGCUGCUGCCUCCACCGCCACACUGUGGCUCCACCAAACACUGGUUUUGGCCCCGUGACUGGCCAAAUGAGUGAAGUGUGCGGUGAUUCUAAGAUCGACGGCACUCAUCUGCAUGUCAUACUGAGUGACAGUAUUAUUUCUCUUCCCAGCAGACUCCAAGGGCAUUUAAAUUAAAGGUACAGUGUUCUGCACUAAUAUUA